AUGAGAAUUGCGAUUAAAAUUGAAGAAAAUAAUCCCAAAGAAUGGUACACAAGUUAUAUUGUCAGAGUUCCAGAAAUUAAUUCGCUGGCAACAAAGGAAUUAUUGUGGAACCAAUUAUGUACAUAUAUAAAAGAUAUUGAAAGGGACGCAAUAAGGAGACAGAUAGGAGAGCAAAUAAUUUCGGAAACUGAAGUAAAAAUUCUAUUUGAUUACCGUGGAGAAACACAGCAACAAGAAAGACAAGUUGAGUGGGCAAGGAUGUCAUUCAAGGGUGAUACUAUAUUCAAACAGGUUAAAUUAAACAUUCAAUCCCUAACUGAAAUGCUUAAAAAACAACACGAUAAGCUUUUUGAAUCGGAAAGGGAUAAAGAAAUAGUAUCAUUUGUUCUUAAUAAUUCAAAACCACCAUCGAGACCAGAAACACCAAGACCAUCCUCCAGACAAUCUUCAAAUUCCAGUGAUGGUUCUGGAUCAUCUUCAACAUUUUCUGCUGGGUUAGAAAUGAAAGAAGUGGAAAAACAUUUAAAUUUCAUUUCAGUGCACGAAGUAUUGACAAAUAUCCGAGAGGCCAUGCAUUUUGAAAAGGAUAUUUUGAAUGAAGAUAUUGAGUAUAUAAGAGAAUUAAUUGAUGAGGAAUUUUCAUUUAACAAAUCUUUAUGUGACUACAAAGUUCCAAGCUUUUCCGAAGUAAAACAAGUGGAAAACAAACUACAAGAGAAUUUGAGGAAUGUUUCAAUUACCUCACAGACUGAAAAGAAAAGAGAACUUAAACCACUCUCCAAAGCAGAACCUCCAACAAGACCAAAAACACCAAUUUUAAUAUCUAAUAAUUUGAAAAAAACAUCAAGCAGAACAGUAACAAGGCUGCGGAAUGCAAUAAGACAAAGCAAAGAUCUGUCUAUUGAAUAA